GCUUAAGCCGUGAAGCGAGCGCACGAGCCGCAAAAUUGAGGCGCUUUGAGGGGUCCAUUUAACAAAAAAAAAAGCGAUAUGCGAAACGUUUCCGGGUGGCUGCGGUUUUAAGCAUGUGUUGAUUUUAUCUGGCCAAACGCAUCGAUUCGCUUGGAAAAGUGUAAAAUUGCUUUAUAUGCUUAGUGUGAAGUGCGCGACACGGGCUCUAAGUUUUGAUAGGUGGAAAUAUUGACUUGUUGAUGUUUUAUUUGGAUAGUUUUUCUGAUCUAUAUUGACCUCGAAGUUUAACAAUUAUCUAAUUGACAUCGGGUUUUGGAGUUUUUCUGGAAGUGAUCCAGAUUUUAUUUGAAUGAACAAUAUGGAUAGUGAAGCCCAAGUCCAACAGUACGGCGAAGUCAACCAACUGGGUGGUGUAUUCGUCAAUGGAAGACCCUUACCAAACGCAGUAAGAUUACGAAUCGUUGAACUAUCCCAAGUUGGAAUUCGUCCCUGUGAUAUUUCCAGACAACUUCGGGUUUCGCAUGGAUGCGUAUCCAAAAUUCUAGCAAGAUAUCACGAAACUGGUUCCAUAUUGCCAGGCGCCAUCGGCGGUUCCAAACCAAGAGUAACCACACCAAAAGUAGUAGCCUACAUAAAAAACCUCAAGCAAAAAGACCCGGGAAUUUUCGCCUGGGAAAUUCGAGAUCGUCUCUUAUCCGACGGCAUUUGCGACAAAUACAACGUUCCUUCAGUUAGUUCGAUAAGUAGAAUUUUAAGAAACAAAAUCGGAUCUCUGGUGCAUAGUAAUCCGCACGCCCACUCCAUCUACAACAUCUAUCCGAGUUAUCCUUAUCCGCAACCGAAAUCGCCUAGCAGCCAUCAUCAGAGAUCCAGCGCUCCUUGUUGGCCCAGUUCGCAUUCGGUGCAAGAUAUUCUAGCGGGAGUUCACGCUGCGGCUUUCAGAUCUCAACACGGUGGUAAUCCAACAGCUUUGCCACCUGGACCGUCACCUCCUGUUGCUGAUCCAGCACAGAAUUAUAAUUAUUACAUGUGGGGGAACAGUGCUAUGCAUAUGGUUAAUUCGGGAAUGGCACCACAUCCUUUGGGACAUCAUUUGUGAGAUUUAGGAGUUAGAUUUUUGUAUUUGUCUGUUGUAUUUUGUGUCGUAUUUGUUCAUUUUUGUGUUGACUUCGCCUUAAAGGUAUAGGCAAUAAAGUAUACGAUGUAUAGUCUUUAUAAAGUCAGAAGUCAGUUGAAACAAGGUGAAGAUAAAUAACGACUGGUGACUGACUGGUGAUUGAAUAUUUCAAUGAGAAAUGCACUGCCACUAGUCACCAACAGUUGCAAUUUAUUUAUACCUUGUUUUAACUGACUUUAAAAAUACUAUACCAAAACCUUAACAACAACAUAUUUAAAAAAAAAAAAAUAGUUCUGAAUUAGUUACCUACACACAUUUUACGAGUAAUUGAAGUUACAGGUGCUAAUACUUAUAUAUUCUUCAAUCAAAUAAAUACUCUAUACAUAGGUUAAUAUAAUUAGAAAUAAUCAAAAUGCUUAUGACAAGAUGUGCCUUUUGUAUUACAUAUACAUAUAUUGUAGCGCUUUAUUUUUUAAAUGUCUUUUUUGUAUAUAAUAUUAAAUUAUUAAAAUUAUUUAUUUGUUAA